UAGCCUUUAGAGGGAGCACUUGACAACUGGGUUUCGGCAGGGCAUCCUGCGUCGCACCCUUGUCUGCACCCGACACGUCACUUGCCGUCUCCAGCACACUUUCCAAACCAAGCAUUACCGAAGUGGCCUGGUCACCGACGUUGUAAGGAGCGGACUCUACGUCCUCGUCACUCGUUAGAAUACCCUAUACCCUCAUAUCGAUUUUCUGUCCGCCCACCGUCCCGGAAGCGUCCUAGUCGUUAAAGGUCAUGGCUAUGUCGGCCAUCAACAUUACAAGCCCGUUGCCCUCUGGUUGUGCAGUAAAGAACCUCGUAUGCAGAUCUUCUUUCGGGGGGUCAUUUAUUGUUAUCAAGUCUUCCAUUGUUACCUCAUCUUCCUCAACCACCAUCAGCACUGCUUCCGUCGUGGCAUUCCCGUCAUCGCCGACAUCGUCACCGAUUUACCCAUCGACGCUCACGUCUACGUCUGCUUCCACGACCGCCCCUUCGGCUGCGGCUCAGCCGAGCGCAGAAACUGCGCCAACCGGUUCAACGCUGUCCACUACAGCUUCGGUGCCGACAUAUGCUAAUACUGGUACUCCGGUCGACCAGACUACCAGUACUGCGGCAACGACGUCACAGACGAUAUCCACGACCAGCGAUUCAGCGGUGGCCGGUGCUGCAUCAUUUUCAGCCUCGGGCUUAGCAGAGAUUGCUACGGCGUACACAAUCACAGGCGACACCGCGGCGAGUUCAUCUUACACUUCAUCAUUGAGCGCAGCAAUACAUACGUCAAUUUGGACUGAGAUUUCCAAAGUAACUAUCAAAGGAACAUUGAUUACAGUCAAAACAUCCGGGACAUUUGUCAACGCGGAGACGACGAGCGACUCGGUGGGGACCUACACGAGCUACGUUACCGACACGGAUGUGGCGGCCAGUCCUGUUACUUCUGGCAAUGUUUCACCUUCCUCUUCCGAUUCGUCAACGGCAUCAAGGCAUUGCAGUACUGGCAAGAUCCUCGGCGGAGUCCUCGGGGCGCUCGCCGCCAUCCUAGUAUUCAUUGUCCUCCUUUUCUACGGCCGCCGCCGCCGCCAUCAUCGCCGUGCCCAACGCAUUCGCCAGUCCGCCAGUCCUUCCUUCGGGUCGAAUGCUGCUGUGCUUCUACCAUCCUCUUCAGCGGACAGCGGCAACUCCGUCUUUCCGACCGCCGAGAGUUUUCAUCGCGAAAGCCGCAUUGGGCAAGUCGUGAGCACGUAUAUGUCCGGCGCCACUACCCCUGCGCGUGCACUGACCGUCUCCCCGCGGCUGAUCCUACCCAUGUCUUCUGAGGCUCUGAGUCCGCAGAUGCGCGAGGCAGACCCAUUCGCCGAUCCUGUCGCUCUCGCGCGGGAGCGCCCGGUGUCCCAGAUGUCCGACGACUCUCCGACAAUUCGCGCUCCCCUGCCAAAUCCGUUCUCUGGUCCAAUGCUUGUCCCAUGGCAGAGUGAAGAGACGCCUGUGUGCGAUAGGAUAGCUAGUAGGCUUUCUGAACAAUCUGAAAAGUCGGAAGUGGAGACUAUAUAUGCGGUUUGAACUGUCGUGAUUGACGUAUCCUGCGGACUCGAAGAUGUGUGUCGUCACACUGUCGCGAGCUUGUUCUCUAUGAAG